CGGCGGCGGCGAGAAGAUGGCGACUUCGAACAAUCCGCGGAAAUUCAGCGAGAAGAUCGCACUGCACAAUCAGAAGCAGGCAGAGGAGACGGCGGCCUUCGAGGAGGUCAUGAAGGACCUGAGCCUGACGCGGGCCGCGCGGCUCCAGCUCCAGAAGUCGCAGUACCUGCAGCUGGGCCCGAGCCGGGGCCAGUACUAUGGCGGCUCCCUGCCCAACGUGAACCAGAUUGGCAGUGGCACUGUGGACCUGCCCUUCCAGCCCAGCGGAUUUCUGGGGGAGGCCCUGGCAGCGGCUCCUGUCUCUCUGACACCCUUCCAGUCUUCGGGUCUGGACACUAGCCGGACUACCCGGCACCACGGGCUGGUGGACAGAGUGUACCGGGAGCGUGGCCGGCUCGGCUCCCCGCACCGCCGGCCCCUAUCUGUGGACAAACACGGACGGCAGGCUGACAGCUGCCCCUACGGCACUGUGUACCUCUCACCGCCCGCGGACACCAGCUGGAGAAGGACCAAUUCUGACUCCGCCCUGCACCAGAGCACAAUGACGCCCGCCCAGCCAGAGUCCUUUACGGGUGGGUCCCACGACGCACAUCAGAAAAGAGUCUUACUGUUAACAGUCCCAGGAAUGGAAGAGACCACAUCGGAAGCAGACAAAAACCUUUCCAAGCAAGCGUGGGACACCAAGAAGACGGGGUCCAGGCCCAAGUCCUGUGAGGUCCCCGGAAUCAACAUCUUCCCAUCCGUGGACCAGGAAAACACUACAGCCCUGAUCCCCGCCACUCACAACACGGGGGGCUCCCUGCCCGACCUGACCAACAUCCACUUCCCCUCCCCGCUGCCCACCCCACUGGACCCCGAGGAGCCCACCUUCCCUGCGCUGAGCAGCUCCGGCAGCACCGGCAACCUCGCGGCCACCCUCACGCACCUGGGCAUCGGCGGCACCGGCCAAGGGAUGAGCACGCCCGGCUCUUCUCCGCAGCACCGCCCAUCCGGCGUCAGCCCCCUGUCCCUGAGCACAGAGGCGAGGCGGCAGCAGACGUCACCCACCCUGUCCCCACUGUCACCCAUCACUCAGGCCGUGGCCAUGGACGCCCUGUCUCUGGAGCAGCAGCUGCCCUACGCCUUCUUCACCCAGGCGGGCUCCCCGCAGCCACCGCCACAGCCCCAGCCCCCGCCGCCACCACCGCCGCCGCCGCCUGCAUCCCAGCAGCCACCGCCACCCCCGCAGGCACCCGUCCAGCUCCCCCCAGGCGGCCCCCUGUUGCCGAGCGCUAGCCUGACGCGGGGGCCACAGCCACCCCCACUUGCGGUCACGGUACCGUCCUCUCUCCCCCAGUCCCCCUCAGAGAAUCCAGGCCAGCCGUCGAUGGGGAUCGAUAUCGCCUCGGCGCCGGCUCUGCAGCAGUACCGCACUAGCGCCGGCUCCCCGGCCAACCAGUCUCCCACCUCGCCUGUCUCCAAUCAAGGCUUCUCCCCCGGGAGCUCCCCACAAGCCUCUCCGAGUCCAAGGUCAUGGGGACAAGAUCAGGUACAUCUCAGAAGCCCAGCCCCACCCUGCACCCUGAGCACCGGAACUGACCUGCCCCCAGCCUUGGACGAGGUCUGCAGCCGCCGAUGUAAAAUUACCCAUCAUCUACUUCUCUCUUCUUGGCACUCUUCCACCCUGGGCAACGUGUUUGGGGAUGCGUACUAUGAGCAGCAGAUGGCGGCCAGGCAGGCCAAUGCUCUGUCCCACCAGCUGGAGCAGUUCAACAUGAUGGAGAACACCAUCAGCUCCAGCAGCCUGUACAGCCCCGGCUCGACGCUCAACUACUCGCAGGCGGCCAUGAUGGGCCUCACGGGCAGCCAUGGGAGCCUGGCGGAUGCGCAGCAGCUUGGCUACCCCAGCCACAGUGGCAUCCCCAACAUCAUCCUCACAGUGACGGGAGAGUCCCCCCCCAGCCUCUCUAAAGAACUGACCAGCUCUCUGGCUGGGGUUGGUGACGUCAGCUUCGACUCUGACAACCAGUUCCCCCUGGACGAACUCAAGAUCGACCCCCUGACCCUGGACGGACUACACAUGCUCAAUGACCCCGACAUGGUCCUGGCCGACCCGGCCACUGAGGACACCUUCCGGAUGGACCGUCUGUGAGCGGGCACGCCUGGCACCCGCCACUGCUCAGCGGUCCCGAUGGCGUCUCCCCAGCCUGGGGAUGGCCGCACUCUGUCCCUCACCAAUGGCCAAGCUUGUGAUUCUGAGCUUGCAAUGCCGCCAAGCGCCCCUGCCAGCCCGUCCCCUGGUUGUCCACCUCCCAUGAAGCCCAGCGUGAGGCCGAGCGCCGGGCGACCAUCUGCCCGCCUGAGGCCAGGCUGGGAUCAGAGGCUGUGAGCCCCCCGCCCCCGCAGACCCUCUCUGCACUGGCUCCUCACCCCCGUUGGGGUGACAGCCAUUCCCUGUGGGGUGCAGCAGGCGGCGGGCUCAGGGGAGGGGCGCGCAUGGUCCGCGGUGCGUUUUCCGACUGUUGUCCAGCUCUCACUGCCUUUCUUGGUCCCCGUACUCCCACCCACCCACCACCCCCAGCCCGUGGUUAGGCAGAGAGCAAGCCUGGCCCUGCCCAGGGGAGAAGGCUCCGGAGCGACGAGUGGACGCAAAGUGAAAUAAACACUAUUUUGACGGCUGUCUUCUAUAUUUCUGAGCACACACACAGCGCUGGCACCCACCCUGGCAGGUGUGCAGAGGACAGCAUGUGGGGCAGCUGCAACCCGACGCCCCCUUCUCACCGCUUUCUGUCACCCCAGCCCUGCCUCACCCCUAGGCAGGUCCCUUGGUGGCCACCCUUGCCGUGGAACACCCAGCCAGGACAGAAGAGCCUGGAGGGGUUGCACACAGUGGCAGGGAUUUAGAGGCAAACCUCGUUUUCCUCCUCUGCCCCUGCGCCAUGCUCACCGGGACUGUCACAAAUAUUUAAGGGGUGGCGGGAGGCGGCCGGGGAAAUCUUGUUGUGUUUUUUUUCUUUUGGUUUGUGUUUACAUUUUGGUUGUAGAUGAGUAGCUGAAUCCUUCAGGUAGAACACUUGCCUGAGAGCAUGUUUUUAUUCCAGAAAUCCUACGUUAUCUAUUUUUUAAGCUAACUGGAAAUGUUGGUGAUGCGCCCGCCUGCGGUCUGCUCCCGCCCAGCCUAAGCGGCCCCUGUGGCCUUUUGAGUUGCGCCCCAAGUUAUCGCAAAACCACAGGGCUGGGUGGUCCCUGGGGCCUUGGCAGAAGUUUGCGGUAGCCGGAGGUGCCUCCGCUUACACGUAACAGACCUCUGGGAAGGAGCCUCUGCUUCUAUUGAGGGUCUUUUGAAGACUAGCCCCACCUGCCCUUCCUGGAAGGUGCCCACCAGUUUUCAGAGUGGGCGUGUUGAAGACCCCAGGACCCGCGGCGGCCGAAGCGUGUCUGCCCCGAGGGUGUUUGGGCUGGCAGGGGGAGUGAGCGCCCCCGAGAUGAGGUUGUCUUCUUACUGGUCCACCCUGAGAAUCAGGGCAGAGCUGGCAUUUUGUCCCCUCCCCACCCGACCCUCCAGCUUCUGGCCCAUGCCCCCAUCAGUGGGUAGAGUCGGCCGCCAGUUGCUCCUUCUUGGCAGCUGGGAGCUGUGGCAGGUGGACUUGGAGGCAGACAGCAGUGUGUGUUCUAGUGGCAGGUUCCAGAAGCACCUCCAGGGCCGGGGUAACAGGGCAUCUGGGGGCCAUCCCAGACCCUCCCUCCGAACCAUAGGCCCUGCAAGGGGGCCACUGGGGCUGGCUUGGGUUUCUGUUGGCCACUUCGGCUUAGGAACGGCUUUUCUACUGCCCCCGAGUUGCAUCUUGUCAUUCUUGCUGGCUUCUCUGCCUGCCGGGCUGGCACCUUCUGCGUGGUGCAUUUCUUUGUGGUGUCACGGAUCUUGUCUGUCCUCUGGAGCCAGAUUCAGUCCUAGCGACUGUCCCUUCCUCGCUGUUAGCGCAUGUCGCGGCCAGACGGCCACUGUCCACUCCUGAGAAGUGCUCUCUGCUGCCUGCUGUUCUGGGCGGGGCAGGGGCGUGGUGUUGGUCUGGCCAGGACAAAGGCUUUUUCUUACCACAACAGGCUGGGGGCAGAGGGUGGGGACAAUUUUUUUUUUUAAAGAAAAACUACAUGUACAUAGGAGAGUUUGAUUACCAUUAGACUUGUAUGUAGAACUUUAAAAAAAAUGGCCUUAAUAAAAUUACAAGCAGCCUGCCUGGAUGCAACUCUCAAACAAGACGUUGGGGACCUACUAGGGAACACUGGCACAUUAGCAGCCCCUGCUGCUGUCCCCAGGGUCUCAGUGCAGAAAGGCAGGGGAGCGGGGACACUGACCUCUGAGCAUCCCUGGUCCGUGGCCCACUUCCGGCUUCCUCCAGCUAGGUGCAUGGUGACAUCGUAUUAACAGACAGCCUUGGUUUUUUACUGAGUUCCUUUUCCAAUGAGAACUUGACAGACUGUCCCAGGAAGGUGUGGGGCCGUGCUGGUCCCCGGGGCCCAGCCAGGGGCUAGAGGCCAGGUGUCCCCGGGUUCUGGAAGGGUUCACAGCCCUCCUGGGCCUGGGCAGGCCUCCCAAGGUCUGCAUCAGGGCAUUUUGUGUUUGUUGGGUUUAUUUUGUUUUGUUCUUUAAAUAUCACUUCUCUACUGAAUAUUCUUGAAUUGCCAAGAGUUUCUGAAACAAGACAGCUUAAGGGAAUCGGCCCUUUGCUUUGUGAUGUGAAAUACUGUGAUUUUGGAGGCACUGCGGCAUGGGACAUGCAUGCAGACCCAACGCCGGCGUCUUCGCUGCUGGGGACAGGCCUGGGCACUUGGUCCGCUCCAGGCUGGAGGCCAGGCCAUUCCCCAACCGCACCCCUCCCUCGUGCUCCCAGCUUCAGCCGCUCUGCUGUGUGGACCUUUCCCAGGACAGAAGCAAAGCACAGGUGCCCCUGACAGUGUGAUGCCCCCACCAGCCUUGGUUUACCCUCCGUCACUCCCUAGCGUGGUCAGUGUGUCCCCCUGAGGGGUCAGCCCCUCUCUAUGUCCUCCGAGGAAGAGGCUUCUGUGCUCCUCUUGGGGCCUGGCUGUCAUUGCUUGAGGGUUUUUGGCACCGGGGAGGGGGCUGCUGACGUUUAUGCGUUUCUUUAGGGGGCCGAGCUCCCAGGAGCACGCCUUGCCCGGUGUCACAGCGGGGUGGGCAAGGACGGCUGAUGGCCGUCAAACCCUCCUGUUAAGACUCGGGUGUCGGGCUCGGGAACUGUGGACAGAAGCGGGUAAGAGGCCCACAGGGGCUUGGGUGGGGCUCAGGUCCCCUCUGUCUGGUCCUGGGCCUGACAGCCCUGGGGACUCUGGCAGGCCUCGAGCUGGUGAGCUGGUUCGUAACCAAACAUCUUUCCAAACUCCGGCUCCGACCUGGUUCUGAGUUUUCUGUAUUUCCAAAGAUUGCAGCUCCCCUCCUCCCAACCCCGGUACUGGCUGGGGCGGGGGGGCAGGGAGGCCUGGCAGUGUUGGGGAUCCCCUGUCACUCUCCCGCCCUGAUAAAACAGCAGCUUCUAUCCCCCUCACUGGGUCCUGAUGGAGCCGUCAGUCAGAGGCUGAGGGGCCCUCAGCGUGAGGGUGGGACAUGGGGGCCACUGGGGCUCCCCUAGCCUCACUGUGUGGUCUGCAGGUGGUGCUCCAGGUGGAGGGCCUUGGGCACCAGAACCUCCCUGCAUGGCCUGGAGCUCUGGGGAGGGCUCGGCCUGUCUCCCACUCAGGGAGGCCUGCCUGGCGCAUGUAAGCAGCUGGGUCUCCUUUGCCCCUGUUCUCCUGGGACCAUAGGCCCCCACCUCCUGGGGGUCUCACAGCAUGUGACUUGAGGUCCUUGGGAUGUUUGCCUCAGCCAGAUGUCCUGUUUCCAUGGCCCCUGGCCUCCGGGGGUUCUGGCCAGGCAGGGGUCAGGCACCCCAUAGUGCACCCACACUAGUCACAGACACCAUUCUUCCUCUAGGAGCAGGUCGGGUGACCCACACCCCCAGCCUGGCUGCUGGGGUAUUGCCAAGGGCAUGGGGGCACAGGAACAAGCCCCCCGUGAUCCGAGCCUCAGUUUCCCUCCUGUCAUUUUCUCAGACCUGCAGGUCUCAGGGCCCCAGGCUCCUCCUGGGCAGGAUGGGGGCAGCGGUUAGGCCUUGGGUGGUGCUGGCUCCAGACAGCUUCAGAGGCUCCACUGCCCUCCAGAUUCCUGGCCAGCGCCCAGCAUCCGUCCCAGGAGCCAGGGACAUGUGGCACAUGUUGGGGUUGGGGGAUGGCCCCCUAUCUCACAGGGUUCUGGAAUUUGGGGGCCAUCUAUGCUGAGCCAAGCCCAGCCACCAACCACUUCUGACCUCUUGCCCAGCGGGGACAAGGGGACACAGCUGUGGCCUUGGCCACCAGGCCCUGGGAGGGAGGGCAUUGGCAGCCAAGGUCCAUGGGCUUCACCGAGCCCCCUAGUAGGAAGCUGCCCCUGAGGGGCUGGGUGGCCCCACUGAUAUAUGCAAACCCUCCAGCCCAAGCCCUGUCCCCACCUGUGCCCCUCUGUGCCCCGGCUGGCUCUGCACCCCCCCCAGCAUGUACACUCUGCCGCGGAUGUCCCGUGGGCCAUGUGCGUGGGUGGCCACAGCGGGCAGGGGCAGGCGGCUCAGGGCACACUUGGCGGUCUCUGCCCCAUCCUCCAGCGCGGAUGCUUUUGUCUUUGUAUCUUUGCAUCCUUUGUAAUGAAACGUAAUAAAAAUUCAGCGAUUUCA